UCUUAAUCAAUUUAUUUUUCAAAGAUACCUCGUCUUUUUCUGAAUAGGCUCCACGCUCAAGUCGAUUCAUGACCUGAUGUACAUUUCGGCUGACUGUUUUCUCCGCACGUGGGGCGACUCUGAUUGUCUGUCCCUCUCUUCCAAUGAGCUCACUCAUGCAGUUCUCCAGUCCACUGUUGACUGCACUACGGAAGGGCACAACUUCACACGUCAUAAAGAAGCAGCAACAUUUCUUCUCGAAAGUCUAUGCUAUCUCAUCAGAAUUUUUAUUUUCGCAAUAUUAUUGUACCGUCAAAAUGGCACCUUUUAUCACUCUCGAAGAACACUAUAUUUCUCGCUCGGCGGUCACGAAGGCGGGGGCCGACGAUAUGUAUGCGCUGUUUCCACCCCAUAUCGUCUCCAAGCUCGCAGAUCUCGGAACCGAACGUAUCAAAGAUCUCGAGAAGGGAGAAGUCUCCUUGCAAGUCCUCUCCCAUGGGCCAAUUGAUGCAUCCGCAGAAGUUUGUAUCGGAGCCAAUAAUGAGCUCGCCGCUGCAAUUUCCAAGAAUCCCACUCGCCUGGCCGGAUUCGCACUACUUCCAAUGAUCGACCCGAAGGAAGCGGCAGCUGAACUUGAACGCUGUGUUACCAAACUUGGAUUUCUGGGAGCUUUGGUGGAUAACCAUCUUGAUGGUCAAUUUUACGACGAUGGGCGAUUCUGGCCCAUUUUUGAGAAGGCGGAAGAGUUGGAUGUCCCGAUUUACAUUCAUCCAACUUUCGCUUCAGAUGAGAUGUUGCAGCAUUAUAAGGGAAAUUAUGACGACAAGAUUGCUCUGGCUUUGAGUGCUUUCGGCUGGGGUUGGCAUUCGGAGACUGGAUUACAUAUCCUGAGGCUCUUUUCGAGUGGUCUUUUUGAUCGGUAUCCUAAGCUGAAGAUUGUUAUCGGACACAUGGGUGAAAUGCUUCCUUUCCAACUUGAUCGUUGCGUGUCGGUAUCCGAAAGAUUCAACGCCACAGAGCGGGGUCUUCGCGAAGUCUGGCAGAACAACAUCUGGAUCACGACAUCCGGGAUGUUCACCCUUCCACCGCUUGCUUGCUUAUUGCAGACGACGUCAAUCGAUCAUGUUUUGUACAGUGUCGACUAUCCUUUUUCGCCGAAUGAGAAAGGGAGAGAGUUCAUUGAUGUGAUCAAGACGAGUGGGUUGAUGAGUGAGGAAGACUUUGAGAAGUUUGCGUAUCAGAAUGCGGAGAAGUUGUUAAAAGUGAAAGCUACUCCGUGAAUUCAGAUUGGCGUCUUUUAAAAGGAGGGUUGUAUCGGCGAUAACAGAUGGUUUCUGCGUUCUAGAGCGUUCAUUUUGGAAUAGGAUCUCCUCUUUUUUUUCAAGUACUCAGAAACUAUGGGCCGUUUGAGGGACCGCAUUAUUGAGAAAUUGAGACCUCCUGGUUAUAAGGUUUGCUACAGAGCCUGUAUCUCAGGAUUGCUCCCAAGGAGUUGAUACAUCGAACAUACCUUCCUUGGCACUCGCUUAAACUUCCAAGCCCUUGCUGUUGUCAACAAAAGUCAAAUCGCACCUUCCAUAGCACGAUAGCAAACGCAUUGUCCCAUACGUUCAAAAAAAUAAAUUCAC